AUGGAGACGGCCCUAGAGCUCCGCCUGGCCAAGCACCUCGCGCCGCCGCCUCCUCAUGCCGAGGGCUCCGCCGCCAACAACAACAACAACGUCGCGUUCUCGCCGCUGUCCGUGCACGCGGCGCUGGCGAUUGCGGGCGCGCGCGGCGCCACGCAGGCGCAGCUGCUCGCCUUCCUCGGCGGGCCGUCGGCUGAGGAGCUAGCUGACUUCGGCCGCCUCGUCGCGGACAGCGUCCUCGCAGACCGCUCCGGCGCCGGGGGGCCGCGCGUGCUCUUCGGCGGAGGCGUCUGGGUUGACGCCGCCCUCGGAGGGCUCACAGAUGCGUUCCGCGACGUCGCCGCCGAGGUCUACAAGUCAGAGGCGAGAACCGUGAGAUUCGCCGAGGAGCCUGAGACCGCUGUGAAGAUGAUCAACUCGUGGGUGAAGAAGGCCACGGAGAACCUCGUCGACUCCAUCUCCAGCAGCGACAAUGCCGCCGAGACCGACCUCGUGCUCGCCAACGCCAUCUACUUCAAGGGCGAUUAG